AUGAUGGCUUCUCCUACGCCGUCUCUAGAUUCGUUAUCCGGAUUCAACACAUUCGGCCCGGACUACAAUAGAUCGUUGUCAUCCAGCCACUCACCAACCGACUCCGAUAGCAGCGGCUCGGGCGUGUCCACAGGUGGCAGUGGAACUAGCAACAACACUGGUCCCCGCAAAUGCCAGUUGUGCCAUGAGAUUUUCUCAAACCCGCGAGUGCUUCCUUGUCUACAUACCUUCUGUCACGCCUGCUUAGAGAAUAACCAGGAUCAACCGGAGAAGAUCACGUGCCCUAACUGUCACCAGGAGUGCAUCCUUACAAACCGCGGAAUAUCUGGACUGUUGCCAGACUUCACCGUUAACGGUUCGAUCGAGGUCAACCCGGACAAGUUUGCGGGCGUGUGCAAGGGCUGCAAGAAUCUCAACACAAACGUGGUGGCAUACUGUUACGACUGUCAGCAAACGUUGUGCGCAAACUGCAUGAUGGCCCACCAAUUCAUGAACUGUUUCGAAGACCACCGCCUGCACGGUCUGACGUUCGAGAACGGCGACGACACGAAGAAUUCGUUCAUACCGACCAGCGUGGGUGACCGCGUCGUGUUCUGCUCACGUCACAAGAACGAGUCAUUGAAAUACUUUUGCCGCACGUGCAACGUGCCCGUGUGCAAGGAGUGCACGCUCAGUGACCAUCAGUUCAGCAUGCAUGACGUGGAGCAUCUGAGUGAUAUUGGCGUCAAGCUGCUGGACAUACUCAACGGCACGGUGCAGGAAAGUAAGGUUAAGGCGACCGACAUCCGCAAUAUGGUUAAAAACAUUGAACACACAUCCAACAAGCUGCAAGUGCAGUACCACAAGGCACAGAACGAGAUCAACGAGACAUUCGCAUUUUACCGGUCUAUGCUCGAGGAGCGCAAACAGGAGUUGCUCAAGGAGGUUGAGAGCGUGUACAGUGCCAAGCAGCUGACGUUGAACGAGGCGUCGCAGAAGGGAUUGGAGGUGGUGGACAAGAUUUAUCAGACCGGCGAGUUCGUCGACCGUUUGACUAAAAACGCCAACGUUGUCGAGUGCCUGCUGUUCAAGAAACUACUGGACUCCAAGCUACAGUCGCUGAUGAGUUACGAACCUGAUAACAGCGUGCAAAACAUCUGUGACUUGGAAUUCGUGUCCAACUAUCAGGCCAUACAAGUUGGCGUGAGGAACACGUUCGGGUACGUACGGUCCAGCACCGAGUUGGGAGUGAUCGGGCCGGGCAAGCAGCCGCCGAUCGCCCGUCCAACGAACGGGUCGCUGAUGAAUGGAAAUUCGGCGAUCAUCUCAAACGGAUGCAUGAACGGCGGUGGCGUCCCCGCGGACUUACUACAACAGCACAACGGUGUCACCUGCACAAAUGGAGGAGGCGGUAACGGUGGAGGCAUCAUCGAACGUCCGUACUCCAACGGACUGACGUCCACCAGUCCACUUUCGUCCGGUCAGUACGACACUAACAACAUACUGUCCAAGCGUUUCAACAGCGUCAACAGCCUGGGACCGUUCUCGGCCAGCUCGAUCGGUGACCUGAAUUUGAACGCCAUCGGCAACAUGAACGGCAUCAACGGCAUGGGUGGAGGCAACGGUGGUGGUGGUGGUGGCGGUGGUGGAGGUAUGAACAGCAUCAAUCCGUACGAGAAGUGGUCCAACGGUGGAAGUGGCGACAUUUUCCAAAACGGCAGCGCAGACUUCCCACUGACCAUCGACAACAAUGACUCCAUACUGGACCUGUCCAGCAAAUUAUUCACCGCUUCCAUAUUCCCACCUAAGUCACAGAUCAAGCGGCACAAGAUGAUCUACCACUGCAAGUUCGGCGAGUUCGGUGCCAUGGAGGGCCAGUUCACCGAGCCCAGUGGCGUGGCAGUGAACGCGCAGAACGACAUCAUUGUGGCGGACACCAAUAACCACCGUAUCCAGAUAUUCGACAAGGAGGGCCGGUUCAAGUUCCAAUUCGGCGAGUGCGGCAAACGGGACGGACAGCUGCUGUACCCGAACCGUGUGGCCGUAGUUAAGCCGUCCGGUGACAUAAUCGUCACCGAGCGAUCGCCCACGCACCAGAUCCAGAUCUACAACCAGUACGGGCAGUUCGUCCGCAAGUUCGGCGCCAACAUUCUGCAACACCCACGUGGCAUCACCGUUGACAACAAGGGCCGCAUCGUGGUGGUCGAGUGCAAGGUGAUGCGCGUCAUCAUCUUCGACCAAGCCGGCAACGUGCUGGUCAAGUUCGGAUGCUCCAAGCACCUAGAGUUCCCCAACGGCGUAGUGGUCAAUGACAAACAGGAGAUAUUCAUAUCCGACAAUAGGGCCCACUGCGUCAAGGUGUUCAACUACGAGGGACAGUAUCUGCGGCAGAUCGGCAGCCAGGGCAUCACCAACUAUCCAAUCGGCGUGGGCAUAAACGCAUCGGGCGAGAUUCUCAUUGCCGACAACCACAACAAUUUCAAUCUGACCAUAUUCACGCAGGAGGGCCAGCUGGUGUCCGCCCUCGAGUCCAAGGUCAAGCACGCGCAAUGCUUCGACGUCGCCCUCAUGGACGACGGCUCCGUCGUGCUGGCCAGCAAGGACUAUCGGCUGUACAUCUACCGUUACAUUCAAAUACCUCCGAUGUUAAUGUAG